AAAACCAAAAUUGCUUCGUUACACGUUCGUAAGCGAAUGUUAAAUCUUUGGCUGGUUGGAGAAAGUUUUUCAGCUGUUGCUUCUCGCACUGGUGUCACAUCGAAGACUAUCUCACAUAUUGUAAGACAGUUCACAGAGCGCGGUUGUUUGUUCCCAUUGAAGCCUGGCAGAAAAGAAAGGCAAAUUGCUACUCCCAUUGUUGUAGAAUACAUCGAAUUCCAAAAACGUUCUAAACCCAGCAUUACCGCUUUCGAAAUACAAGUAGCACUAAUGAACGAUGGUGUAUGCAACUUGGAAAAUUUGCCGUCGAAAUCGACUAUCAGCGAUGUGCUCAGGAAAGACUUAAAUUUUACUUUUAAAAAGUUAAAAGUUGUGCCACAAGAGUCCUUAAACGAACAGAAUCAAGUGAAAUCAAUAGAGUACGCGAUGUUGAUGAGUCAAGUUGAUCCAUCGAGGGUACACUUCUUUGAUGAAUCAUUGGUUAAAAGAACGACAGACAAUCGCCAUUAUGGGCAUGCUAAAAGGGGGAAGCGAGCUGUAGAAAUUAAACUUUACGUGUCCGAUUGUAACUACACUAUAAAUUUAUUGCAAAGCAGAUUUGGCAUAACCCACUACAACUUGUUAGAAGGAGCAUCAAAUGGUUUGGAAAUGUUACAUUUUUUCCACGAAAGCAUGCAAGUUGUAGAUGAGUUUUACGGAAAUCCUGUGUUAGCACAUGGGGACAUUGUCGUAAUGGAUAACUGUCGGUUUCAUCACGGACAUUUUGCGGAGGAAGAAUUGUGA